GGAGUAAAGUAACUAAUUUGCUUUUCUACUACAGUGCAAUAUAACCAACUAAGACUCUCACGAUCCAUGGUUUUUCAAGGCACACUUCCUAAGUAAUUAAGUUCUAGAGAGAUUAAGCAAGCAGAAACUUUUAAAACGGGAAUCACAUUCCAGAUCUUUAUGUAUGCACACAUGGAUAAUGCAAGUGUGAUAUCCUUAAGUACAAAACGAUACUGAAAAAGGAAGAAGGUAUACACUGCUGACUUGGGUUUAAUACUUCUGAACCUUAAUACAUUCAUCGGAAGAUGAAAGACCGCCUUCAAGAGCUUAAACUGAGAGCAAAGGAACUACAAUUAUUUGAAGAGAACAACCGUGUUGUUAAUGCUAUUAAAGAGGACCAAGGAGAAUUUGAACAAGCAGCUGUUAUUUUUGAAAAGGAGCCGAUAACUGAAAGGUACUUGCAUGAAAUACAACAACUUCAUAAUGAUAUUAAUCGUUUGGCAAUGGAUGUUCAAAAGUUUAGUCGGCAGCAGAAAAGUUUGAUGGCUUCCAUGAGAAGAUUCAGUGUGCUUAAAAAAGAAUGCAGCAAUACAAAAGCAAUUAAAGUUCAAGCAGAGCACAUUAAUAAGGGCUUGGAUGAUCUUUCCAAAAUAGUGAAGAGGGAAGAAAAAGAACAUAGCUCAUCAUCUGCCAUUAGAAGAGUCCUCAGUUCUCAGUGUGCAGCCCUAUUCCAUCGUUUCCAAAAUAUAAUGAUUAUGUACAAUAAUGCCAUAACAAACAAACAAGAAAAAUGUAAGGAUUUCAUUAUGCGUCAGCUGGAAGUGGCAGGAAAAGAAGUAUCAGAGGAAGAACUAAAUAAUAUGGUGGAACAAGGGAAAUGGGAAAUCUUCAAUGAAAAUCUGCUCACAGAGGUCAAGAUUACUAAAGCCCAGUUAUCUGAAAUUGAACAAAGACAUCGAGAACUGGUCAAUCUGGAAAAUCAAGUGAAAGACUUAAGAGGCCUUUUUUUUCAAAUAUCACUUUUGGUAGCCGAACAAGGUGAAAUGAUCAACAGCAUUGAAAUGGAAAUCAUUAAUACUCAGGAUUAUGUCCAAAUAUCAACAGAAAAGUUCAGGCUGGCAGCUAAGUAUCGAAAAAAGAAUCCAUGUAAAGCACUCUGCUGUUGGUGCUGUUCCUGUUGCAAAUGAUUUGUCCUCUGGGCAAUUAAAACUGAAGUUCUGGUCCACAAAAUACUGUAUAGGACCAAACAUGUUAUAGGGCUUGCUGUACUACUAAGAAUAUGUACGUUUUUCACAUGGUAUUUGCUUUCCUUAAUCACAUUUCCUCUCCAAUGCAGAAUUUGCUGAGAGAAGAAUUCACUACACAUUGAAAAUAAGAAAAGGGAUCAAAUGCAAGGAUUUUGCCAAUAUACCACUGAUAUACAUACUAUAUAACGUUAUUCUUUGGUAGCUAACUGAGUAAUUCCUUGCUACAACUGUGAAAAGGGAAAUUGUCUUGUCCUUUCUACAUGCUGCUUUAAAACAUAAAUGUGGCACAAAGGAAUAUUAUUAUCAAUUCAUUAUGUCACAGGUACCAGUGAAGAAGCUGUUUGAGACAAAGGCACUACUCUACUGUCAUAUUUAAUUUUAAACAAGUUCCGUGGAAUUAAAUGCAUCAUCCUAGCAAUUUUGUUUAAGUAGUUUGGAUAAAGAAAAACUGCAAACCUACUGUUAAUAUAAGACAGGAUAUACAAGAAGUCUUCAGCUUAUAUCCAUUUGUU